UAGACCCCAACCUCGACCUGGACGCUGUGUGGGCUUGCUUUGCUGUGAGAAUUAUAUCCUCAAUUUCUCAUCCAUCACGCGAGCCGAGAACCCGUAGCCGCAGUGAAUGGAGACGCAGUACGAGUACCAACAUCCAUCGCAUCGCUGACCACUCCAUUGCAUUGCAUCACCUAUCGCAUCGUAUCCUGCCUCUCGGACCGCCGACGCUGCCCGCCCACUUCUCUCCCCGCGACGACCUCAUCCCACCAAGACCAGCAGGUCUGAAUGAGUCGCCAGCUUCCCAACAACAACAAUUCGCAACCAUGCCCGCAGCAACUGCUUCUAGCAAUACCGCGGCGAGCAAUGUGGUGAGCACUGGAGAAAAUGGUAUGAUGUCUCCCCAAGUCCUGCCUGAGGGAGCUUCGAGAGUGGUGGUGGUGGUGGUGGUGAUGUCGGAAGCAUUGAGGCCUCCUUGUCCUACUGCAGACGUUGGUGUCUAACGAGAAUAUAUUCCAGGUGCGGCAGGCAACGCCAAACAAGCAAACACCUUCCCUCCCCCGAAAACCGACAAACCGAGGCCUCAUGUCUGCGGAACCUGCCAGCGCUCCUUCGCCCGGCUAGAGCAUCUGAAGCGUCAUGAGCGAUCCCACACGAAGGAGAAACCCUUUGAAUGUCCUGAGUGUGCAAGGUGUUUUGCACGGCGAGAUCUGUUGCUGCGACACCAGCAGAAAUUGCAUAUGACCACGACUCCCUCAUCGCGACCAAGAAAUCGACGAGAGAGUGUGGCCGGCACUACGGCCGGUACGGGACCCGGACGAGUACGCAAAGGUUCCGUUGCCAAUGGACAUGCUGCCGCAACCAUGAGGCCCAGGGCCAACACCAUUAGCCAUGUAGAUGGUGCCCAUAUGCAAUUGAUGGCAGCAGCAAAUGCAACCGUCGCCAGAGCUGGUAUUCACGCCACCCAACCCACCCAUAGCCGCCAUCCCAGCCUGGCAGGUCUCCCAAUGCACAACGAAUAUCAUUUUGGGGGCAUGUCUGCUGCCAUGGAUCAACGAGGACUAAACCACGGUCUGCCUAAAUUGGAAACCCAUAGCUUCAGCAACCUAGACUUUGGAGGCGGCUUGCGAACAGCGCCGGUGGUGGGUGGAGUUAACGCGGACUUUGAUUUUGAAGGAUUGCUCUUCGGGCCUGGUUCAACGAUCAACCCAAAUGCGUUGCAUUACAAUGAUUCUCCGCAGUCAAUGGCCAUCGAUUCGGUUUCCCCCUAUCACCAAGCCUUUCCUGACAUGUCUGCGAGCCAAACUUUGGAUGAGAACUUUGAUUGGAUGAAUGGCUUUGAACAUCAAAUGUCCUUCCACGACGCAAACGAAAAUGCCAUUGAUGGGUCUUCUCCCUCUGCAAUUAGCACCGCAAGCCAGAGUGGCAUCAGUGAGGUCAUGCUAGAUGGGUCCAACAAUCCCGCGGCCUCCUCGACCUCAAUGUGGCAACAAUCGAUGAUGGCACCUCCUCAGAUGAAUCCAAACCCAUUCAAUCUUGAUAUGGGAAACUCGGGCUUCAAUGACUUGAUGAAUGGGGGGCCUCUCUCACCUCAUGGCAUGCCACAGAAGCAUCUUAACGACCCAUACUUUUCCACUCCGCCACCGUCGAUGAGUUCUCUGAGCCCAUCGAUGCUAUCUGGAAUCACCACCCAAUCAUUUCACCCACCAAUGAACCUUGGGCCAGAAACGCCAAUAUCCAUGAGCGGUAUGGGCAAUUCUUCACCUGUGUCAACUAUUACGGAUACCACCCGUCAAGCUCUUCUUGCGGCCUUGUCUCAGUGUGCCCCCUUUGGCGGGCGAAAGUAUUCUUUUCCUACCACAAGUUCCCUUCUCUCACCACACUUUGCUGGACGUACUGCGAUGAGUGAAGGUCGGAAUCUCCCAAGUACACAAGACCUUCAACGUUACACUGCUGCCUAUAUUCGGUAUUUUCAUCCACACCUGCCUUUCCUUCACCUCCCCACUCUGUCUUUCGAAGCAUCAGCCUUUCAAAAUGACGGAAAUCAAGCUGCUGGCUUAGUCGGAGGUCGUGGUUGUCUGAUAUUGUCUAUGGCUGCUAUUGGUGCGUUGUAUGAGCUAGAACAUGCACAAUCGAAAGAAUUGUUCGAGUCGGCAAAAAAGAUGAUUCAGCUAUACUUGGAAGAGCGUAGGAAGGCAGAUGUUCGCAAAGCGGACCAUCGAAAAUCUAGCAUUGACAAUGGCUUACGCCCAGAAAAUUCCGUCCACACACCAGUAUGGCUUGUUCAGGCAAUGCUUCUCAAUGUGGUUUAUGGUCAUAAUUGUGGCGACAAAACUGCUGGGGACAUAGCAAGUACUCAUUGCGCUGCAUUGGUGAGUCUUGCGCGGGCCGCGGAGCUUCUUACACCACAGAGCGUCAAUACUUCUUAUGAUCACCAAGAUCUUGGGUAUUGGGGAGGUGACGAAGUUCCGGAUGACCAACAGGAAUGGUACAAUUGGAAAUCUAUGGAAGAACGAAAGAGGACCCUCUACGCUGUAUUCAUUCUGUCUAGUCUUCUCGUUUCUGCUUACAACCACGCGCCUGCAUUGACAAAUUCCGAGAUUCUACUAGAUCUUCCCUCCGACGAGGAGUUUUGGUCUGCAGACUCUGCAAGCAAUUUUUAUUCCAAAGGAGGUGCAGGAAUGGCAGAUCAUAACAAGGUAACUUUCCAUGACGCUCUUGGAGAGCUCUUACGGACAAGCGAGAAGCAACAGCAACUCCAAGCAGCACAGGGACAGAAUUUCGGCUCCAAUUCCAAUCACCAAGAGCUACCCAAGAGUGAUUUAAGACCAAGUACGUUUGGGUGUCUAGUUCUAAUCAACUCGAUACACAACUACAUAUGGGAGACACGACAACGGCAUCAUAACCGAGUCUGGACAAACGAAGAGACAGAAAAGAUGCACCGUCACAUCGAGCCAGCCUUGAAAGCUUGGCAGGCUGCUUGGGCAAGCAAUCCUCAUCAUAGCCUCGAAAGACCAAAUCCUUAUGGCUUUGGGCCUCUAUCGGCAGAUAGCAUUCCACUUUUGGAUCUCGCUUACGUACGCUUGUUUGUCAAUCUCUCACGAUCCAAAGAGAAGUUCUGGCAACGGGACUGGGAUGGAAUGGCAGAAGAGUUGUCUCGUGGAAAUGAAAUUGUUCAACACGCUGAGCAUUCUCCUGACUCAAAUGGAGAGUCUGAUGCUUCUGGCAAUUCACUUUACGUAGACACACCUCCUGCAUCAGAUUCAUCGUCGGACUUCAAGAAUGGCUUGAUACCAUCAAACAAUAUUCAGCACCGCGAAAAUGUUCACAUGACGAACUCUAUACACACAGUGUCGAAUUCUUCAGGGACGACAUCCAAACGCGAACGACAUCUUCGGAAAGCUGCUUUCUACGCUGCAGACUCGCUCUCAAUGUCAGAUAAGCUCGGGGUCACGUUUGCCGAUUUCACCUCUCGUGAAUUGCCUCUGCAAUCAGCAAUGUGUGCUUUUGACUGUGCCCAAGUGCUUGCCGAAUGGGUCGCAACUGUACAGGAACGCGUUGGUCGGUAUCUGGGGAUACUCGGGAAAGAUGAUAUUGAUCUUGGGCAAGUUCCUGGUAUCAUGUUGUUAGAGGAAGAGGAUUGCAAACUUCUUAACAAAGUCCAAGAGGUUCUCAGAAGUGCCGAAAUUAAGAUGAAUUAUGAAUUGGCAAGCAUGGAUUCUGUGGCUCAGAUGAAUGCAGCUCAGAGGCUUCCUGGAGCAGACAACUGCGGUUAUGGGAGUCAAAUUCUGAGAGUGACAGCCUACAUGCUCGACAAGGCUGCCGUUUGGCCUGGUGAGUCGAUCAUUAUACAAAACAAUUUUCAUGCUAAUAAUUAUCGCAGUAACACAUCUCAUGGCCCGUAGUCUUGAGACACAAGCUAAUCAUAUGCGAGCGCGAGCCGAGAACUCGGUCACGUUAGGCGAGUAAUCAACCUUAUCCGAGAAGAGCUGCUACAGAGAAGGUGAAAGCUUCUUUUUACCUUCAUCUACCACAAAACUGUCUAGAGAAAAAAACCCCCAUUUCCAUGUACAAAGGGCAUCAUUCGGAAAACGGAACACGGGGUCUCCAACUUUGGUCUUCUCCUAGUCAGCUUCGUACAUAUGGGUGGGAAAAUGUUAUGUCAAACUUUGCGAUGUUCUAUGAGAGAUGACCGUGGCUUCGUUCAGGAGUUUUCUAUGUUCCACGCAUAUAACGAUACAUUUAUGAAUCACGAAAGAAAAAACACCGGGUACAAAAUUUCGAUUUGCCCAAACUAUUUCGCUCUCAGAUCACCACUUGUGGUCCAUUUCAUUUGCAGUACCACUCUUUGGCUGCUUUCGAAAUCAAUACUACCUUGAGUAGCAUUCUUUGCAAUACCUUUGCAUGAUUCGGCAACAAACCUCCUGGUUUGUCUGGACCUCAAUCGCCGAUCUCAUUCCGGCGGGACUAUUUUCUUGAGAGAAAUAACGAUAUACGGGCUUCCUUAUUUAUUCAGGAGAACAAGGUGUUUUUUGAUUCUUUUUUUCUAUUUUCUUACUCCUUUUUCUUUUUUUGAAUACUCUUCUUUUUCUUGCCCCUGGGAACCAAAAAAGGGCUGGCAAAUAUGGGAAUGACGGAAUGGGAUGAUAGGGUUUGGAUUUGGAUGAGUGAAUGGGAUUGAUGGGGGUAUCGAUGAUUUUUAUUCCGGAGAGUGAAUCGAUGGGC